CGCCGGCUGCCAUCGAACGACAUGCCGUGUUCCAGUUUAUGGUGACAGAAGCUAACAGCAAAAUGUUGCUGUCAUGGGCUUGGUUUUUGACGUUGUUAUUAAGUUUUGUGGGACAACACGUCACGUUUGCAUUGCAGGACGUUACUAGUGAUUUAUUUGGCCCGGAGAAUUAUGGCAUGGUAGCGGCUUUCGGUGACUUUAACUCUGAUAAACAGACUGACAUUUUCAUCAUCAGGAAGCGUUCUGAGUUGGUGAUUUUCUUGGCUGAUCUUAAAGCUCCUUAUUUCAAACCUAAAGUCCAUCUGACUAAAGAGGCUUUCCCUAGUGACUUCAACAUAAGUAGUGUGGUCCCAGGUGAUUAUGAUGGAGACUCUCAGAUGGAUGUGCUUCUUACUGGCUACACAAAGGGCUCCACCUCAAAAACAUUUGUCUUCAUCUUCUGGGGACAUAACCAAACUUUGGACCAGAGUCAUAGGGUAGAUCUGAACAGAACCUUUAAUGAUCAGCCCCUUGUCAUGGACUUUAAUGGGGACAUGAUUCCAGACAUUUUUGGAUCUGUGGGUGGUUCGUCAGAGGUUUGCUAUCUCAGGAGUCGGCAACAGAAAUGUGAGACGGCUCUCAGCUUGGAAGUCAAAAUGCGUGUCCCUCAUUCCAAUGCUUUCAUCGACCUUAACAAGGACUUCACUGCCGAUUUGUUCCUCACCACCGCGGAUGGAUAUGAGACCUGGAUCAAUAAGGACGGGAACUUCACCCAAGCCCUGUCUGGAAAGGCACCGGAGAAUGCGAAGAAAGUGGGUCAAUCUGCAUUCGUAGACUUCGACGGUGACGGCUCCCAGGACCACCUGUUGCCAGUCUGCAUGGAUAUUGCGUGUGAUAGAAGUGCAAUUUACCUGGCCAAGCCUGGAGAGACAGAGCUCCAGUGGGUGCCGUUGCUGACAGACUUCAGGAGGAAGGAUUCUGUGUGGGGAUUUGUGCCCUCUCUAGACAUUCCCAUCACCCUGCACUUAGGAGACUACAACCUGGAUGGCUUUCCCGAUGCCCUCGUCAUCCUCCGUAACACCAGUGCUAGCACACAGCAGCAGGCGUUCCUGUUGGAGAAUGUGGCGUGUAAUAACGUGAGCUGUCAGGCGGCAGGCCGCAUGUUCCGUGUGCACUGGGAACAGUCAGACCUAAGUGCCAUCCCCAAGGCUGUUGUGGCCACAUUUUUUGACAUCUAUGAGGACGGUAUAUUAGAUAUGAUCGUGCUCAGCAAGGUGGAAGGAAAGGAAGAGCACGUCAUCCACGCUUUGAAGAACAACUUUGAGGCCGACGCGUAUUUCGUAAAAGUGAUUGUGCUCAGUGGCCUGUGCUCCAAUGACUGUCCAGAAAAUGUCAAGCCCUUUGGUGUGAACCAGCCUGGCCCGUAUGUCAUGUACACAUCGGUGGACUCGAACGGUUAUCUGAAGAACGCGUCUGGUGAGUACACGGCUCAGAAAAGAUUAACACUAGAUGGGAAAGGCAUCACACAUAUCUCUUUGCCCAGAAUAUCCUGCCUCAGUAAGCUGCAAAUCCCCCCCGUCUUCCACAGAGGCACAUCAGCUCUAGUGCAUGUUUGCCAAAGGACAGCUGCAGAAAUUGAAUGUGCUGUAAUUUCCAUAACGGUAAUGGUACUAAUAUUCUUUGCGCUCAUUCUCUCUCUUCCAUCUAUCAUUCUCUUUCUCCUGCAGGACGUGAGGAAACAGGAAUGGACCGCUAUCAUUCCUAACUCCCAGCUCAUUGUUAUACCAUAUCCACAGAAUGACCCUCGCAGCUGGAGUGCAAAGCUCUACCUAACCCCCAGUAAUAUAGUCUUAUUGACAGCGAUAGCACUGAUUGGCGUGUGCGUCUUUAUUCUCGUCAUCAUCGGGAUACUGCACUGGCAAGAGAAGAAAGCAGAUGACCGGGAGAAGAGACAGGAGGCCCAUCGCUUCCAUUUUGAUGCCAUGUGAGAAAUUGGAGAGAGAGCAUUGUGGGUAAACACUGAGAAGAUCGGUUCUUCUUUCAUUUCAGUGGUUUAUUUAUUUUCACGUUUUUUUCCACACUGGAGCAUUUUAUGCAAUAAAUAAUGUCUGAAAUCAGAGAACUCCAUCUAAAUAUGAAUAGUGAAAUGAAGAGGAGAGUUGUGUUUCUGUCAAGUUUGUAUACAUGAUCCUAAACGCAUAUUGACAUUUGCACACUGAAAAGAGAGAACUGUUUGGUGCCAUUUUUUUGUACUUUGGUUUGGGAUAAACAUGUUAUUUUAAAACUCUUUCUUUAUUUUUCUGUAUUGUUAAAGUAUAUGGUAAAUGUCAAGUGGGCAGAAACAAAACCGGUAAUUUUCCCUUCUUGUUUGUUUUGUUUCAAGUUUUAUGUCAUGUGUUUUGAAGGAUGUAAUUAAUUGUCAGCCUUUAUGUCUAUGAAUGUGACUGAGUGAUAGUUCUUUCACUUCACUGAACCUCUUUAGUCUUUACUAAAUAAACGCUUUGACUUCAAGCGCUACAUGAGGCCCCCUGUUAACAAAGGUGUCCUCUGCAAACUGAUUUUAUUAGGCAUUUAGCUGUAUGGGACCCAAAAAAAUUAAAUAUGGUAUUAUUCUUUCACAAUAAAGUAUUGCUUUAACUGUCAACACUCAGUGCCAACCACAUCCAAAGGAUUUCACAGCGAGUUUAGUGUUUUGAUUCAUUAACUUGACACUGGAUAUCAAUAUUAUAUAGGAAGUCAAGUCCCCAAUCCUAAUUGCUGGUAGUCAACAUAAAGCAGGUUGCUGUUGUGGUUUCUGUAUGCACUAUCCUCUGUUUCUAGGAUAUUCUAGUAAUUCCCUAUGUGCAUGUCUUCUUUCCAAUUGUAAGGCACUGUUAAUCAGUUUCAAAGUGGUAUUAUUUAUUGCUUUUACAUGUUUUUAAAACACUGGAAAUUAAUUAUGUGCUGCUGAAGAAUGUUCAGUGUGAAGGGUUUUGUUCUUGGCUGUAUAUAUCUGACACAUGCUUUGAUCCAUGCAUUGAUUUAUAUGCAAAUCUCUUUUACCUUUAAAAAUGGUGUUGUUAUGGUGCACUAUAUGCACAUUAAGUGAUUUCACUUUAAAAGGAAAAUUCCAUUGUCAAACCACAAUACAGCUGCAUACUAAACUCGCAUAUUAACUGGCAUGCAAUUGUUUAUGGUUUUCACUCAUUGUUUCUGGUCAGGUGCAUAUUGGUCCUAGCAGGUUGUGCAUCUGUGCUCAGUUUUAAUUAUUAAUGAAUCACUCUCAAUGUGUUUUUGGUUGCGUUGAAAUGCUGUUUUGUCUUUUGGAAUGUUGUAUUGACAAUAAACAUGACCAAAUGCUUUAUUAUCUGA